AAGAUGCAGCGGCUGAUCCGAGCGAAGGAAGAGGAGCUUGAGCAGGAGUGCACCUUCCGCCCGCAAACUUACAGGCCGCCCAAGGGCCUGGAGAAUGAAUCAUCCCAGCAGUCCCUCAACUGCCUUCAGCCUCAGGUCUCGUACGAGAAAUCACGCUACUCCAUCGACGUUCGCGACACCGAGACCCUGAUCGAGAGGAUGAAGGAGAAGCAGCGAAGCAAGAUCGAGCAGGCGGCGCAGGAGAGGAGGAGGAAGGAGUACGAGGAGCUCAAGGAGUGCACCUUCACCCCGCAGAUCCUCCGACAGACCCCCCGCCCUUCCUCCGCUCCCGUCCUCGUUCGCGGUCUCGGCAGGCACCUCGAGCUCCGCGAGCUCGCACAGCGACAGGUCAAGAGGAGGAGGAGGAAAAGCCUGUGUGUGUGGGGGGUUGAGCUGCAAGUCUGACAAGAAAGCAGGCGGAAGAGAAGGCGGAGCGAGAGAAAAAGUGAGUCAACUCCCCUCCUCCUCCUCAAGUGACGCCUGCCCCUAUAGAGCCUUCCUCACAGAUACGAAGUCCAGCGGCGUGAGGAAGCAAUGCACAAUUCCCGAGCCGUUCAAGCUCAGCGGCAACGACUCCAAGCACGAGAUGAAGCGACAAGCUCUGCGCAAGGUGAAGCAGCGAGCG